AUGACAGAAGCUGUACUCCUUGCUGCUUCAAAGAUUGGAAGCAUUUUAACAGAGGAAGCCACAAAGGCCGAUAUAAGCAAGCUAUCAGAGAAAGUUGUGAACCUUAAGGAACUACCAAGGAAGAUUGAGGAAAUAGGCAAAGAACUAAACAUGAUAGAUAAAGUAAUAAAACAGAUAGGCACUAGAAGCCUCACCAAUGAGCUUGUGAAGGGUUUGAUAUCAGAGGUGCGGGACCUAGGCUACCAGGUUGAGGAUGUGAUUGACAUUUAUUCAUACUACGCUAUUAAACUGGAGGAAGAAAACAGAGUGAAAAAGAUCUUCACCAAAGCUCAGAACAUCACAGUAUUCAGUGAAAUCGCAGAGGAGAUUACCAAGUUUGAGAAGAAACUUGAAAAUGUUGUGAAGCGGAAAGAUCGGUGGCUACAGCAGUCCCAGCUCAGUCCCAAUCUAUUUGCUGAUAUUGAAAGAAAGCGGUCCCAGGACUGCAUCCUCGAUGUUGUUCAAGAUGAUCUUGUAGGGAUUGAAGAAAAUAGGAGACUGCUGACAGAAUGGUUGAAUUCGGAAGAGCAAAGUACCAAAUUGAUUACAGUAUCUGGUAUGGGUGGACUUGGAAAAACCACCCUGGUCAAAAACCUGUACGAGCAGGAGAAGAACAACUUCACUGCUCAUGCUUGGAUCGUUGUGUCUCAGACUUAUGAUGUGGUUGAAUUGCUGAGGAAAUUGCUUAGAAAGAUUGAGGACAAGCAGCAGCCACAACUAGCAGAGUUGGAUGCCUAUGACUUGAAACGAAAAAUAAAGGAAAGACUGACAGGUAGAAAGUGUUUGAUUGUAUUGGAUGAUGUUUGGACUCAAGAAGCAUACACUCAGAUAAGGGAUGCAUUCCAGAACCUCAAAGCAAGUUGUGUUAUUAUCACUACACGACAAGAACAAGUGGCAGCCCUUGCUCACCCCACACGUCAACUCAAACUCAAGCCAUUGGGAUACAGUGAUGCAUCUUCUCUAUUCUGCAGGAAGGCUUUCUAUAACUGCAUGGAUUCCAAGUGCCCCAAUGAGCUAGAGAAGGUGGCCAAAAGUAUAUUGGAAAAGUGUCAAGGACUGCCACUUGCCAUUGCAUGUAUUGGUGGGAUGUUGUCUGCACGGCCACCAGUCAAAGAUGUUUGGAAUGACACAUACACGCAAUUUCAGGAUGAGCUGAAGAACAAUCAUCAAGUUCGUGCAGUUCUAAAUCUGAGUUACUAUGAUUUACCUGCUCAUCUUGAAAAGUGCUUAAUUUAUUUGAGCUUGUUCCCUGAGGACCAUCUGAUGUCACGAGAUAGCCUUGUUCGGAUUUGGGUUGCAGAAGGCUUUGCAGUUCAAAAAGAUCAAAGUACAACAGAGGAGGUGGCAGACAAAUAUCUAAGGGAACUGAUCCAAAGGAAUAUGUUGGAAGCCGUUGAGAAUGAUGGGCUAGGUAUGGUCAGUACCUUUCUUGACCUGCAAGAUUCUGAGAUAGUCGAAGUUCCAGCAUCCAUAGGAAAUCUAUUCAAUCUACGCUACAUUGGCCUGCGGCGCACAAGGGUCAAAUCACUCCCAGAAUCUAUUAGUAAGCUCACCAACCUCGAGAUCCUAGACAUAAAGCGAACAAAAAUAGAAAAGUUACCGCGAGGGAUUGCUAAAGUCAACAAGCUGCGGCACCUUCUAGCUGACAGAUAUGCAGAUGAGAAGCAGUCAGAAUUCCGGUACUUCAUUGGAGUGCAAGCACCAAAAGGGUUAUCCAAAUUGGAAGAACUGCAGACCCUUGAGACUGUGGAGGCUGGCAAGGAUUUGACUGAGCAGCUAAAAAAACUUAAAAAACUACGGAGUGUGUGGAUUGACAACAUAUUUUCCAUUGAUUGUGCAAAUCUUUUCACUGCACUUUCAAAAAUGCCUGUUCUUUCUAGCUUGCUUCUCUCUGCAAGUGAUGAGAAGGAAACACUUUGCUUGGAAGCUCUCAAACCACAGUCUGAAGACCUCCAAAAGUUGAUAAUCAGAGGGUGCUGGGCAGACAAGACAUUGGAGUGCUCAAUAUUUCAGGAACAUGGAAAAUAUCUCAAGUACCUAGAUAUAAGCUGGUGCCAUUUUCAGGAAGAUCCGCUGCAGCUUCUUGCACCAUGUGUUCCAAACCUCACCUAUCUUAGCCUUUACAGGGUGAGUAGUGCAAGCACCUUGGUUCUCUCUCCAGAUUGCUUCCCACAGCUGAAGAUGCUUGUCUUGAAGAGGAUGCCCUGUGUUGACGAGGUGGAGAUCAGAGUCGGUGCCCUCCGACAGAUUGAAGGUUUAUAUAUUGAAUCACUUGUGAAGCUCGAUAAGAUCCCUCAAGGAAUCGAAUUCCUUUGUUCUCUGAAGAAAUUACGGUUGCUGGAUUUGCACAAGGAGUUCAGAGCUCAGUGGAAUAGCAAAGGAAUGCCGCAGAAGAUGCAGUAUGUUCGAGAUCUCUGCAUCUGA